UUCAAGUAACAUUAACAUGAGCUGGAACCGGAUUAUUUUAAUUUUGCUACAUGCUAUAUUAGCUGUACAAUCCCGCAGCUCGAGCAAUGAAGUCAAUUUAGUGGCGCCGUUCACAAGCUGAGAAAUUUAUCCAUGCAAAAAUGAAUGCGCUUAUUAAUUCUAACCUUGGGCAUUACAAAAACAACAUGGAGUAUCAGGAUUUUUUGGAUGAACUAAUCAUGGCUAGGCAGUCGCAAAAGCCACAUUCAGUAAAGGAAAACGCUAUUAAAAACUUUCAACAAUAUAAUAACGAACGACUAGCACUGGAGGAAAAAAUUAAAAAACGUGUCACUGAAAUCAACCAAGAAAUCCAAUUGAAUAAUGUUGGAGACAAAUGCAUGAAGUUUUAUUCGAAACAAAAGCUAGCACUCGAAAGAGCAUAUACUAGGGAAAACUUAAUAAAGGAAAAUAUUUUAAAAGAAAAUAGUGCGCCUUGCUCAAUGGGCAGCGACGACGGCAACAACAGCAGCGAGAAUGACAUAAUAGCUAAAAUUAAUGAGCUUAUUAAAUCUAAACUUGGGCACUACAAAAACAAUACGGAGUACAAUGAGCACUUAAUUACAUUGGCAAUAGCUAAGAUCUCGGAAACCUCACUUUUAGAGAAGGUAAACGCCAUUAAAAUAUUUCAACAAUAUAAUCACCUACGAUUAGCACUGGAGGAAAAAAUUAAAAUACGUGUCACUGAAAUCAAUCAUAAGAUCGAAUUGAAUGAUGAAGGAGACAAAUGCAUGAAGUUUUAUUCGAAGCAAAAGGUAGCGUUCGAAGGAGCAUAUACCCAAGAAAACUUAGUGAAGGAACAAAUCUUAAAAGAAAAUAGCGCAAGUUGCCCAUUCGGCAACGGAGCCAACAACAGCAACAUGGAUAUUAUAAUCCCAAAAAUUGAUGCUCUUAUUGAUUCUAAAUUCGGUCAUUACAUAAAUAACAAAGAAUAUUCUGAUUUUUUGAAUGAUUUAAUCAUAGCGAAGGAAUCGAGAAAAUCACUUUCAGAGAAAAAAAAGGCAUUUCUAAAAUUUCAGAAAUAUAAUAACAGACGAUUAAAACUGGAGGUACAGAUGGAAGACCAAGUGAGUGACAUCAUCUUUGAAAUCGAAUCACUUCCAAAAGGACAUGAAUGCAUAAGGUUUUAUGCGAAACAAAAGUUAACACUUGAAAGGUCAUAUACAAAGAAAAACUCAAUGAAGGAAAAGAUUUUAAGUGAAAACAAAGAAGAUUGCCCAUUUUCAUUCCCUUAUAAAAAGGGCCAGAGCUGAAACGGCGGCAACAUUAACAAACAGAACUAUAACAAUCGCAACAAUAAUCUCUUCCUUUUCACACUUAACCAUA